AGCACACAAAGCGCCCCGGAUUCUUUGAAUAGCAGGGCAGAACUGAGCUCUUGGCGAGUGUUGUGUUUACAGGUACGCGGGACCGUUCGCGACGCGGUGACUGCACCAUGCCUCAAAGCUGCUUAUCCCCGUGUCGGGACUGGGACGGCAGCUCGGAACCGCUGCUGUUCGACGAGGAGUUCUGCCGGGUGCUGCUCAAGGACUUCCAGAUGUUCCCCACGCCGCCCCAGUCGCCCCCGAUCAAGCCCGGGUUCGAGGAGCCGCUGUCCACGCUGGAUCGGCUGGAGCUGAUGUCGGAGCUGCUGAUGGAGGACCCGGACUUGAUCCAGCACAGCCUCGGCUGGCCCGGCGAGCUCUCGCCGCCCCGCGGGGCCGCCCCGCCGGCCGGCGGCAAGGACCAGCGGCCGGCCGUGUCGGAGGACUGCCUGUGGCGCGGCGCGUCGGAGAAGUGCGCCGAGGAGAAGCUGUCCGCCAGCCCGCUGCUCUCGGAUAUCGACACCCGCAUCUUCGAGGAGAUCGCCGCGACCACGCUGGACUGCCACGGGGCGGCGCUGGCGGGCCCGCUGCAGGACAGCCUGGAGCGCAGCGCCUGCUUCAUCUCCGCAACCCUGGAUUGGAAGAAACUGUCAGAAGAUGGACAGACGGCCGGUAACGUUACUGAAGGCUUGUACAGCCUGGCCUCCCGGAGGUUGCCCCUUCAAGCAGCUGGUGCAGAACUUUCUCACUCCUCCCUCGGCUGGGCUGCGCAGGGGCUGCGCCUCGGGCUUGCUCUGGGAUGUGAAGCGCUGGACAAGCCCAAGGAAUUCUUCUAG